AUGGAAAGCCAGCGGCAGGAAUGGAGCAGUGCCCACGCUCAGCUGUGGACCUCGUUCAAACUGGCACAAAAAGGGUGCGACUCGGACAAAACCCGACAAGACACAAGUGUGGAUAAAAUGACGCGUUCAAACUCCUUGCUGGAGCAGCACCCGCGUGUACCCGGGCGUGAGGUAACGUCGGCCAUACUGAGGGAAGCCACAAGGCAGACGCGCCUCGAUGAACCGGUGUUCCCUGAGGAGCUGGAGAGUCGCAUCUUUGGGCUCAUUGAAGAUGAUAGGACAGAUGCCGCGGUUCGAGACCUACUAGCUGCCGUUGUUCACCUCAAGAACCGGGCCGAAAAGGAUGGCGCUGAGUCUAUUUACAGGCAGGAGUCGCUUGCAGGAGUUGUUAACGAAACGCUGUUUCAAUUGACUGGGCAACAACUCGGUGUGGGAUCGACUGCUGCUGCUGUCGUCACCGAUGAGAUGACCAGUGAAAGCACGGAGGCACUUGCCGAUAUAGAGAGUCGUCUCUUAGCAGUUCUCAUACAAGUGGAGAAGUGUAAGGAGACGGCAUGGACAUUUCUUGAGAAGAACUGUCCGGGUAAGGUGUUGUCUAGGGAAACCUCAUUGCAGGAGAUGCUGAAUGUCCUGCGCUCCUCCUGUUUCCCUGCGUCGAGCGGGGCUAGUAUUGGCGACACCAACAGUGAAAAAAUUCACCAGAUCAUGGAUAUACUUGAGGCGCCAGCCGGGACUCUCCCAGACCAGACGCCUGAUUUAGUGCUCAAGGUGGUGAAGGAGUUGGAGUUUGCCAGACGAGAGAACCAUGCAAAUUCUGUGCUUCUUCUUCAAUACGAACGAGAUGUCAUGGCCAAGUUCGCCUCAUGUGGUGUUGUUUCUCCUCCUACGCUGGAACAGGAACGGGAGACGCUGUUUUCAAAGAAUGAAAGCGUCCACCCGUCUUUCAAUCACGACCAGUGGAUCAAGGGGGAUUUGGAGGCUCUUCUUUCUGUCAUGAGGGAGGUGAGCAGAGGUUGCCAACUAAAUGUGGAUCCCCUUCAUCUUCGAGAGGGACCUGACGAUACUUCUGCUGAAGCCAUGCUGAAGUACAUGCGUGUAGCGCUGUCUGGAGCGAGGGAGUUGCUUUUUAUGUUGGCUCGAAAUCAAAUGCAGGCAAAGCCCUUACUUGUAGAGAUGGCAUAUACGUUAGGUGGGACUGGGCAUGAGGGUAGGGGAUCGCAGGCCACUGUGUUAAAUGAAAGGCCCUUCAUGGAAAUCGUGGAUGAGUUGGGUCGCCUUGUGUACGACCGCUGCGAGCAGGCCACACCGGAGCUGCGGGUGGGUGGGCGUCGGGAGGAGAAGGAGCCGUCGGAGGCGAUGAUGCGGAUUGCCCGCUGUCUACCAGAGGAAUAUCGCAUGCGAGCUGUCGAGUUGCUGCGAACCGGGGGUGCGUUGACCGAUUACGUAGAAGGGGUGGUGAAGCGCCUAGUCGCAGCAGAGGCGGCGGAUGACCCUCUACUCCUUCAGGUGCAGCAGUUAGGUUCCCAGAUUGCGCAGCUGACAGACGAAGCGGACGAUGGGAGUCCGCAUGUCGUUGAUCAGACCACCCUGUCGACACUCGUGGACACGGCGGAGCAACUGCGGCUUUGGGCAAUGGAGAGACGUGGCGGUACCUCUUCGGUGACAGAGGAAGCGAUGAUUCAACAAUGUCUGCACGAGCUGGCUCAGCUGCUUCCAACCGGUGUUCCACCGAGCUCCCCCAUGGGUUCGGCUCGCAUCGAUCCCCCAGUGAAUAACCUUCUCGAUAUGGUUCGGCUGCUGAANGCUCCCCCAUGGGUUCGGCUCGCAUCGAUCCCCCAGUGA